AUGACUUCUAGUCUCGACGCAGCGAAAUGGUCCAGAAUCGAUAGUCUUCUCAGGAAGAGCCUGGGGGCUCGCGAGGCCUGCCGUGCGAAUCCCAAUGACGUCCGCGCCAUGCAGCAGGCAUGGCAACCGAUUUCGCGGAUCCUGUCCCUCUUCCCCGAAGAGUUCUUCACCAAGACAAACCACCUCCAACUCACAGACGUGAGCCCUUACGGCCAGGGAGUCUUGACGGCGCUGACGGACAUCAUCUGGGCGUUCAGCAGCGGGCCCGUCACGGAGCAGCUGGAUUGUCCCCAGACGGCGGUGGAUCUGUAUGCGUACUUUGAACGAGAUCUGUACAACGUUUGGCUGCAGGCAAAUAGCCACCACGAAGGCGGCGACAUGGCGAGACUGUUUCGGACGGUGACGAACGAGCUGGCGGACUGGAAACUAAUUACCGGCGAUGAUACAGCACGCCCGGGAUUGAGUAACUCUCCGAGGCGGGGGAUGGCGGCACAUGCGUGGGUCAUCACCAACUCGAUGGUGCUCCAUCACAGCGAGGAGGUCGUUGCUGCGAAGCGGCUCUGGGAAGAGCGGUGUGGUGUCUUUACUGUCAUUUCAGACUAG